AUGAAGUUUGGUCGAAAUCUGCCUCGAAACCAAGUCCCGGAAUGGGCAUCCUCCUACAUCAACUACAAGGUGCUCAAGAAGCUCAUCAAGGCCGCUGCCUCAGGAGCAGAGAAGCAAGACGGAGAAAGUCCUGAUCUGGCUGGAUUCUUCUACACCUUGGAUCGCAACCUCGAGGACGUAGACCACUUUUACAACAAGAAAUUCCAAGAUUUUUCACGGCGUCUGAAACUACUCGAAGACAGGUACGGAACCUCUCCGCAAGCUGCGACGCAGCUCGAUGCCGACGAAGGCGAAGACCUCCUCGCGGCGCUCUUGGAACUGCGUGGCGAUCUGAGAAAGUUACAGUGGUACGGAGAAGUCAACAGAAGGGGCUUUAUCAAGAUCACAAAGAAGUUGGACAAAAGGAUCCCCACGGCCCAUGCGCAGAAGAAAUACCUGGAACUGAAGGUGGACCCGUCGCCGUUUGCGACGAAUACCCAGCUCUUUACCUCGUUGAACAAAAUCAACGAUUGGAUCUCUGUGCUGGGAGAGGUUGCGGCCGCUGCUAGAAACACCGCUGACGAUGUUGCUUCCAUCUCCUCGGGGUCGUUGAAACGUACAACCUCCCGGCCUUCUUUGAACAUUUCUGUCGAGCAGUUGGCCAAAGUCGAAGCCAAGAUUCGUCAAGAUGAUGCAAAGAGCCUCGAAGAGUGGAUCAUGAGCAUAUCAAAACACGGGACUGAAAACUCGGAGGCCGCCGUGCAAUUACUGUUGAACAAUCUCCUCCAGAGGGCAAUUUCUUCUCGGAGUCGGGCCUGUACAGCGUGCCUGCUGCGUCACCUUGUCUUUCUGGACGCCCACGACGACAUCAAUCAUCGCAAUUGCAUCCAUCGGCUGAUAGUUUCGAUCGGUCGCAAACAGUCGCAUGCCAGCCAGGAACCUGCCACCGAACCCCUGGCCGAUGCUGAGGCAGAUCUCCACAACUUUAUCACCCCUGCUGCGCAUCCCUCCCCCGCCCUGAAGCGUUCGAUCUUGCAAGAAGACCAGCGGGUGCAAAAUUUUACGCGUAAGGACGAGGCUAUUCUAUUCCUGCAAUUCCUGCUUGAGAACCUGAAGCCUUCACAACAACCUGCUUUGUUGGCGAGAGAUAGUGCGGGGAGAACACCUCUGCAUUUUGCGGCAGAAUACGGCAUUAGGGUCAUGUGCGAGAUCAUCAUUGAGCAUCUCAGAGCGUGGAAAUUGUUCGAUGUCGCAGAGGGCAUUGACGGGGCAAAGUGGCAGGACGAUGAAGGAUGGGCACCUUUACAUCUCAGCGCCAUCGGCGGUCACCCUCUGACUACCAAGGCUUUACUUGACGCCGAGAAGAGUAUGGGCUUCAUUCCCAAGCGGAGAUCAGCCAAAUUGUCCAUCGUCUUGGCUUUGGCCACAAAAGCGAAUUUUAUUGAAAUCGUUCGGCUUCUAAUACAAGCAGGGGUUGAUAUCAAUCACCAAGACGAGCUGGGUGAUACGGCGCUCCAUGUGGCUGCUAGGUUCGGCCAUGUGGAGUGUGCCAGACUACUUCUCGCCGGCACAGAUGAGCAGAAGGCAAAUAUCGAGUUAUUUGAAAAGGCUUACGGAUGGACACCAUUGUUCAUCGCUUGUGUUGACGGUCAUCUUCCAAUUGUGGAGUUGCUAAUCGACCACGGAGCUGAUCUCGAACGCCUGGAUUCGUCAGGCUGGAAUGCAAAGGAGCACGCAGCUUUGAGAGGUCACAUCGAUAUUGCACAGAGACUCGACAGUGUAAUGCCUGAACUGGAUGCCGAGCCGGAUGCUUCAGUGGCCUCGACCUCUCCCCCGUUGUCGUCAGCCCUUACCGAGCGAAACUCCAAUGCCCUGGGAUCAAAUGGGCCAACAAUCAAAACCACCGAAGCUGUUAAGACCUUUGGUCAUCGAUAUUUGACAGACAAGAGCAUGAUCUUGGUCAGUCUCGGCACUAUGGAUACUCGUAAAAGUAUUCGUGCGGUUAAUCUUGAUCGGAUACCACUUUCGAGUGCUCACUCAACCCAGCUCGAUACCGCCCUUUCGAUUGUCGUCUCAGCCAAAGCGGCCGAGGGCGAGCCCGAAGUCAUUGACCUCCCAGUCCAAGACAAUAUUGCGACAGAACCAAUUGUCUUUCACGCGGCCGAUCCAUCCAAAGUCAAAUUGUACUUUGACCUCAUUCCAACUUACGCCGGCUCUCACGAACGCGUCGUUGGGCGUGCUGUCGCUUUGCUAUCAAGUGUCAAGUCGAGCGUCGGAACGAAGAGGAUGUCGUUACAAGGCGAUGUGACCGUCCCCAUUGUUGCGGCGAGCGAUCUUGAGGUUAUUGGCUCUGUCACCUUUAAUUUCCUCGUCAUUACCCCCUUCAACCAUCCCAAUAUGUCGGUAACGGAACAUCAAACCUACUGGAGAAGCAUGGCGUCGACCAUGGUCAUUGGGCAUCGUGGCCUGGGCAAGAAUUUUGCCGCCGGUCGACGAUCUCUUCAGCUAGGCGAGAACACCAUUCAAUCCUUCAUCGCCGCGGCAAACCUGGGCGCCUCGUACGUCGAAUUUGAUGUGCAACUCACGAAAGACCACGUACCUGUCAUCUAUCAUGAUUUCCUCGUCAGUGAGACGGGCAUCGACGCACCCGUGCAUACUCUCACACUUGAACAAUUCCUCCACGUGAACGACAUGCGAACACCCCGCCAUUCCAGACCGGCGUCACCUGUACCAUUUGAAAAGCCGAAAUCAGCCAGUGUGAAGAACGUCGAUCGGGAUUUACGAGCAUCCAGACUGAGAUCCAUGUCUGUGAGCGGAGCCACCAGCAACGAGUCUCUCGAGAUGGACGAGCGGAUGAAACAUACCCGCGACUUCAAGAAGAAAGGCUUUAAGGGCAACACUCGAGGCAAUCAUAUCCAAGCGCCCUUUGCCACUCUCGAGGAAAUGUUCAAAAAAAUUCCACAAGAUGUGGGUUUCAAUAUUGAGAUGAAAUAUCCAAUGCUAUUCGAAAGUGAAGACGAAGACAUGGACACAUACGCCGUGGAACUAAACUCGUUUGUUGAUACGGUCCUUACCAAAGUAUAUGACUUGGGCAAGGGAAGGAACAUCAUCUUCUCGAGUUUCAACCCGGACAUCUGUCUUCUGCUGUCGUUUAAGCAGCCCAGCAUCCCUGUCCUAUUCCUGACAGAUUCCGGGACGAGUCCUGCGGGUGAUAUCCGCGCCACUUCACUACAAGAAGCUAUCCGCUUCGCGAGUCGCUGGAAUUUGCUUGGGGUAGUAAGCGCUGCCGAACCUCUGGUCGCGGCGCCUAGACUGGUCAAAGUGGUGAAGGAAAGCGGGCUUGUGUGUGUGAGCUACGGGACACUGAACAAUGACAGUGCCAUGGUGAGGAGACAAGUGAGGCAGGGGAUCGAUGCGGUUAUUGUGGAUAAUGUGCUUGCUAUUAGGAGAGGCCUGACGGAGGAUGUGGCGAAGAUCAGUGGUACAAGUACUCCUAAUGCCGGGGUCAAAAUAACAGGGGAGCAAAAUGGGACCGGCGAAGGUGAUCUGAAGAAGUUGCUAAAUGGGGUGGAGGGUUUGAAGAUGCACAACGCUGCUCAGGCGGCAAAGAAGGUCGAACAGAAGCCAACUGAUGGACAGAGUGGUAACCGCGAGGCGAACGGGCGUGUCAAUGGAGGAAGGACAGCAUGA